AUGGGGCUCUCUGUCCGCGGCGCCGGCGAGGCAGGGCUGGAGAUGUCGUCCCACCUGCAAUGGAUGGUCGUCCGCAACUGCUCCAGCUUCCUCAUCAAACGCAACAAACAGGUCUACAGCACGGAGCCCAACAACCUGAAGGCCAGAAAUUCCUACCGUUACAAUGGACUCAUUCAUCGUAAAACUGUGGGUGUAGAGCCAGCAGCUGAUGGAAAAGGAGUGGUUGUAGUCCUGAAAAAGCGAGCGGGUCAAAGGAAACCAGCGACAUCCUAUGAAAAGAUCACCAUCAAUAAGAAUGGUCGUGCUACCCUGAACAGUCUGCGCCACAUCAUUCGCAAGAACAACUACCGGAAGGAUCUCCGCAUGGCUGCGCUCCGUCGUGCCAGUGCCAUCCUGAAGAGCCAGAAACCAGUUGUGGUCAAAAAGAAACGCACCAGGACAACCAAGAAUGCAUAAAGCUGUCAAUAAUUUUAUACACAGUUUAUGAUAAUAAAGGACGAGCUGAGUGCUUA